CGCUCAUUUUCUUUUAUUGGCGGGAAGUUUUUUUUUUCCUGCCCUAUACCCUUGAGCUCAUGAUAGUUCCUCGACGUAGAGGCAAACCCAGUCACCAAAUGUCUGUCUGACUCGAUUUGGCAAAUUGAGAAAAUUGUUCUCGCGUCUCAUCCAACGUGGCUUUAUCCAGGAGGGGGUUCUCGCUCGGGUCCUGUGAACAGCCGUCCACAACCCGACUAAAUCCUCGAAUUUUAAACAUUCUGGUUGCGCUUUAUGGGUGACCAUUUAAGCAAAUUUCUCGUGUGACGGCAUUAGCAUAAGGUUGACCUGUGCACUCGAUCGGAAAGGGUGGCUACUUAACGAGAGAAACUGGUAAAACAAACCCAGAAGCCAGAUCUGAUACCUAAGGAUACGCAGAGAAUUAUUUGACGAUUACUGAAAUUAUCAAAAACCAUGACUAAGGUGGCCACCCUGUUCUAACGAAAAACUUUAGCUUGGGCGUUUUCCGUCGAGGUAUUAUCAUUCUAGAGACUUUCGUUUGUUUUUUUCUAUACUAAUAGCAAUUUUCCAGCUCUUCCACCAGCUUAUGUGCAAUUACUUGAAGUUUAGCGGGAGGAAUUAUGGGCAAAUUAUGGACCAUUAGAAUGGACAUUAGAGCCAAUGAUAUAAAGUAACAUCUCAUGCUGGAAGCUUUUCAGUUGAAAAAAGUUUCUUCAAAUCAGCAGAGCAUCAAGCGAUGGAAAAUUCCACUCGCUUUGUGAUAUUUGGAUUGAUUUUUCUGCUGAUUGCCCACCUGGGAGCCACUCAUACGCUGCACCGGGAAAAGCGACAAAUGUACCCAGCCAGCAUGAUGGCCACUGGAAUGAUGCCGGCGAACGACGGUAGUGACCGAGCGAUUCCUGGGCUCAGUGAAAUCCAAACGGCAAUCGAAGUGGCACAAUUCCUGAUCAGGGUCGGCCAGCAGGUGGUUCCGGUUAUACUGGAGAAUAUUACGCCUGCGCCUUGAUAAUUUUAGAGUUUAUUGUGGGAUGGGUUCAAGUUGGAAAAGUGUCAGGAAAAAAUCAAGAAAUAUUGUCGACCUUAGUGAAAGUAUUUGUUACCAAAUGAAUGUUAUUAACAUAAAAUGAAUGUCGAAUAAAUAAUGCAAAUAAGUACCUAGCUAGGGAAGCUCAAGUUUUGCUCAAAAUUCAAAAGAAUUUUGCUCAGUACAAUUAUAAGCCAUGUAA